AGACGUUGCAUGUUGUACUCUGUCACCCUGAUGAUACGCGGUUCCGCGUCGCAGUGAAACUUUGAAACACUGUUCUGUGCGUGUGGACCCAUUUCGGCGCAAGUUCAGUGUAAUGUUUUGGCUCCGUGCUGCGAAAUCCCCCUCACCUCCACCAGCGCCGACACAUCCUCUCAGUGAGUGAUGGGCUCUAAGUUAACCAGACAGAGAAGUCUCGAUUUUGAGAGCAAAUUGUCAAAAAGAAGACGCCAGAGAAAUGAUCCCCCCGCGGAGAGCGAGCGGAGUGGAGAAAGAGGAGACUUCAUGUUUACUUCCUUGAUGAUCAAGUCGGACAAGCUGCCAGGGAUGCUGCGGAAAACCCACCAGAGCCCGUAUGUGAGGCGGGUGUCCUGGGUCCGGGAGAUCCAGAGGCUGCUCCGGGAGCAGAAGAUGGAGCAAGCAGGUGAAGUGCUCAAGCUGCUCAGAAAGGAUUUGGGACUUCAGGGAUCGUCCCUCAAUGAAAUCUUGUACAAGAACGCAGCUUUCCUCAACCUGGUGGACCCCAUCUCUCAUGAGCUGCUGCUCAGUCUCGCUCGGGACGUGCAGUGCCCAAAAAGAGAGACUGACUCGCUGAAGUCCACCAACAAGAUAUGCCGCCAACUGAUUUAUCACCUGACCCCUCACUCCAAGUGGACAAGACAGAGUGUGCCCAGGAGGAAGUCUCAGGCCUGUCUUAAGACCACCUUGAAGAAGAAGAUGACAGGUGAUGUGGUUAACCUGUCAGGAAUCCCUCUCUCUGGGCGAGAUGUUCACCGUGUGGCCUUCUACCUGCAGAACAGCAGUGAGGGGGUGUCGGCCGUGGACCUGAGUUUCACCGAGCUCCAGGACGAGAGCUUACGGCUGCUGCUGCCUUACAUGAGCUGCCUGCCAAAGCUCACCACAUUAGCCGUCAAUGGCAACCGCCUGACAGUUGCCAUCCUGAAAGACCUGUCGGACACAUUGAAGGAUCCCAAGAAGUUCCCCAGUCUGGCCUGGAUCGACCUGGGUAACAAUGUUGAUAUCUUUACGGUCCCACAACCUUUACUCGUGGCCCUGCGGCGCCGCUUUGGCUUGCGUAGCAGCCUCCCCACCAUUUAUGAGUACAGUGAGGCCCAGCCCUUCAGCAGCUACAACCCAAAUAUGGAGAUGUCUGUGGAGGAGCCCAGUAUGUACGAGGAGGGUGACGUAUUAGAGGAAGACGAUAGAGAAGAAGAGGACAGACUGGAACUUCAAGCUUGGGGCUUUAGAGAAGAAAACAUGUCAAAAUUGGUACCGCUUCACCUCUGUGGGAGGUGAUCUUUGAGGGCUGCUUUUUUUUUUUAAACUUGCAACAUCCUAAGCAUCUUAUGUCUUCAAAUCUAGUUUGGUCUUUCAGUUAGUGUCAGUGUGGAAGAAGUUGUUCACACUGAUCCACAUAUUUCUAAAACUAACUUAAAAUAAGUGACUGUGUUGUGUCUUCCCGGAUAUGCUCUGACUGCUGAGACAGCUCUGUACGGUUUUGCAGUACAAAUGUUUGACCUUCAUUUAUCCAGGGAAUUUUAACCACGCAGGCUUACUGUUUUCCAGUGUUAUCCAGUUCAAAGGCUUCCUAUUUUCUUUAACUGUCCAAAUGAAAAAUAAAAGUAGAAACUGAGAAACAAGUGCCUAGCAAAGGGAUGAGUCAGUAGUUGCUGGAAAAAAACAAGGACCAGUUCAGUGAUAAAAAUCUUUCCUGUGCUCUCAGCUUUUCCAGAUUUAGCUUUAUUUAGGAAUCCUGUCCAAAUGAAUUAUCUUAUUUUUUCUUUCAUCAAUAUGCAUACAAUUUUCCACAAAACAAAAAAUUAUUGGGUUUUUUGUUACUUCAUUAAAGACGAGAAAACUGAAUCGUUAUCAUACAGUAACAGUGUCAACUGAGCUAUGUUGUUUCUGCACUCUUUAGGAUUAUUCACAGCUUAA